GGAUGCGUGAGAGAGUACAGAGCUGAGGGAGAGGAGUGAGGGCGAGGGAUGAUGAGAAAUUUUCUGUCGGCCGACGAUGGGCACUGGCGGUAAAGCCGGACUUCGCGAACCUGUGCCUAGGCUUGAAGAGUCGGACGAGGAAGAUAACAACGUCGCAGAUCUCGACGUAAAGGCAGCCUGGUCCUCGUUGCCAUUGGUAGGCAGGGUCAUACCGGAACUCGUCGUCUGCUGACAACAGAUUCCUCACUAGGCUUGGUAUAAGGAAGAGAGGAGAGCCUUGCGUCGUCAGGUAGCCCAAUUGCAAAUAAUAGCGGGGCGUUCCGGUCACGAUUGAAUUGCAAUCGACUCCAGAUGCCAAUGUCAAUGUGAAUGCGUUUCAAUGCCCGUAGUGUGUUUGAGAUUUCGAAACGAGGAAAGGACAAAAGGCAAGAAUGGAAUAGGACUGGAGGGAGAUGAAAUGGAGAGAGCGCAUGCCGGGAGAAGUAAGGAAAUACUAGAGAUGCCCAAUGUAAAGUUUGUCCAACGUGUGAUCGUCGGGGAC